UUUAAAUUUAUUUUGACAGGUGACACUAGCAUUUGAAUUCUUGUUUUUUAUUAUUGUUAUAUUUCUAAAAAUAACAACAAAAAAUAUUAUCAAGUGAAUUGUCUUGACAAAUAAAAUAAAAGUAUAAAAAUAUACAUUAAAAAAUGGAUGAUAAAAUCAACACAAUGGACACUGACAAGAAAAAUGAAGAGUUUAAAUCGAUACCAGAUACAUUGAAUGAACUCGAUAAUUACUUUCACUUCUUCAAUUGUAAACAAGACGAUUGUUCACACAAUGGAUGUAAAAAAUUAAAAAUAUGGCCACAUUGGAUCACUUGUCGUGUUCGGACAACGGGGGGUAAAUGUGAAGUCUGCUCAGAAUAUGAUCGUAUUUCUGAAGACCGCACAUCUAAUUAUGAAAAUCCACAAAAUGUCUCAUCAGGACUGGCUGAUAGAAAACUAAAACGUACGAAAGGUAACGUUUUUGAAAAGAAACUCCAUCAGUUCCCCAAUCGCCAGAAAAUUCACGUGUUACGCAGGCUGAGAGCUGCGAUUAAUAAUCCGCAGUUUGGUUGCAACCCACGCGAACGUAGAAUUUUUUUAUUCGAUAACAAAGAUAUUGUAACACGUCAAUCCAGAGCUAAUGGGGAUAAUCUAGAUCGAAUAGUGAGAGAUAAAGUCCAGCAGAAAAUGUUACUCGGAGCUAUGGCUGCAAUGAACAUUGAUGAGCCCACUUGUUCCUCCUCUGAUUUGAGUUAAAGUUCCAUCAGCUGACUUGGAUUGGAAAAUUAUCUUCGAUUCAUUUUCCUAUUUAUUUUUUCAGUUAAAAGUUCUUACGCCAAAUAAUUUAAGAUUUUUUUUUUAUAUUCAAAGCUUUAAUUACUUGAAAGUUGAUUAUCAUAUAUAUUUUUGUUAAUAGUAUUUUCAAAUUUAUUAAAUACUUACAUAAAUUUAUAAUUAAAAUAUAUGUAAAAUGGUUUGU